CCCUCCGCCCUCCGCCCUCGCGCCCUCGCGCCCUCGCGCCCUCGCGCCGGGGGCGGGCUCGCUGCGCGUGCCGGGCGGGGAACGGCGCGAGCCGGGCGCUGGGAACGUUCGCCGCGGGGGCGGCUCCGGGGCCUGAGCCGGCGCCGCAGCCGCCUCAGUCGAGGGGGCCGGGCCGAACGAGGCGGAGGAGGCUGCGGCCGCUGGAGACCUUCCCGACGCCCCCAGCUCCCGCCGGGAAGCGAGCCAGGAUGAUUGAGGAAGGUGGGAACAAGCGGAAGACCGUGGCCGAGAAGAGGCAGCUGUUCAUAGAGAUGCGUGCACAGAAUUUUGAUGUCAUACGAUUAUCAACUUACAGAACAGCUUGCAAAUUACGCUUUGUACAAAAACGAUGCAGCCUUCAUCUGGUUGAUAUCUGGAAUAUGAUCGAAGCCUUUCGAGAUAAUGGCCUUAAUACACUGGACCAUAGCACCGAGAUCAGUGUGUCCCGCCUCGAAACCGUCAUCUCAUCCAUCUACUAUCAGUUGAACAAGCGCCUUCCUUCUACUCACCAAAUCAGUGUGGAACAGUCCAUCAGCCUCCUCCUCAACUUUAUGAUUGCUGCUUAUGACAGUGAGGGCCGAGGCAAGUUGACCGUAUUUUCAGUUAAAGCUAUGUUAGCAACCAUGUGUGGUGGAAAAAUGCUGGACAAAUUGAGAUAUAUUUUCUCCCAGAUGUCAGACUCCAGUGGCUUCAUGAUACUCAGCAAGUUCGACCAGUUUCUGAAGGAAGUCCUGAAGCUCCCAGCAGCUGUCUUUGAAGGGCCAUCGUUUGGUUACACAGAACACUCAGUCCGCACCUGUUUUCCACAGCAGAAAAAGAUAAUGCUAAAUAUGUUUUUGGACACAAUGAUGGCAGACCCUCCCCCACAGUGCCUUGUUUGGCUACCUCUCAUGCAUAGGCUUGCCCAUGUCGAGAAUGUCUUCCAUCCUGUGGAGUGCUCCUACUGCCGCUGUGAGAGCAUGAUGGGCUUCCGCUACCGGUGCCAGCAGUGCCACAACUACCAGCUCUGCCAGAACUGCUUCUGGCGUGGCCACGCCAGCGGUCCGCACAGCAACCAGCACCAGAUGAAGGAGCAUUCCUCCUGGAAAUCCCCUGCAAAGAAGCUGAGCCAUGCAAUUAGUAAAUCUUUGGGGUGUGUACCCUCCAGAGAACCCCCGCAUCCUGUUUUUCCUGAGCAACCAGAGAAACCACUUGACCUUGCACAUAUAGUCCCUCCUCGCCCUCUGACUAAUAUGAAUGACACCAUGGUUAGCCACAUGUCCUCCGGAGUGCCCACCCCCACCAAGAGGUCACAGUAUAGCCAGGAUAUGCCCAGCUCGCUGGCCGAUGAGCAUGCGCUGAUCGCCUCCUAUGUGGCCCGUCUGCAGCACUGUGCACGUGUCCUGGAAAGUCCCAGCCGACUGGACGAGGAGCACCGGCUCAUAGCUCGCUACGCUGCCCGCCUGGCUGCAGAAGCAGGGAACACGACUCGUCCUCCUGCUGAUGUGAGCUUUAACUUUGAUGCCAACAAACAGCAGAGACAGCUUAUUGCAGAACUGGAAAACAAGAACAGAGAAAUUCUGCAGGAGAUUCAGCGUCUCCGUCUGGAACAUGAGCAGGCUUCCCAGCCCACUCCUGAGAAGGCCCAGCAGAACCCCACCUUGCUGGCAGAGCUGCGGUUGCUGAGGCAAAGGAAAGACGAGCUGGAGCAGAGGAUGUCGGCAUUGCAGGAGAGCAGGCGGGAGCUCAUGGUCCAGCUGGAGGGGCUGAUGAAGCUGCUGAAGGAAGAAGAGCAAAAGCAGGCAGCUCAGGCCACAGGAUCACCACAUACAUCGCCCACUCAUGCAGGCAGCCGCUCCAUGCCCAUGCCUGUCCGCUCUGCAUCUGCUGGCUCCACCCCGACCCAUGGCCCGCAGGACUCUCUGAGCGGGGUUGGGGGAGACGUGCAGGAGGCCUUCGCCCAAGGUACUAGGAGAAACCUCCGCAAUGACCUGCUGGUGGCUGCCGACUCCAUCACCAACACCAUGUCAUCCCUGGUGAAGGAGCUCCAUUCAGGAACCUGCAGAAUCUUCACCCAGUGCACUGCCGUCCCACAAGUGGUCACAGCAGGACGGUCACACAUUUAGGUUAAUCUUAAGAUUCCUGGUGAAGCAAACACAGUUCUCAAUUUAAAGAAAUUCAGCUCUUAGUGCAGCCGGGCUCCUCCCUCUCACUGCUCUUCUACCUGUGCUUUGUCCGCAGUGGCUCUUUCCCUAGGCCCCGUCGUCGCUGGCUCCUCCUGAACCUGUCCUGAUGUCGGCAGCCAAGGCAGCCACUAGUGCUGGGCUCUCCCAGCUGCCUUUCUGCUCUCCCUUGUUUGAUUUUGAAACCCUAUCCUCUCCUUUUGCCCGUGACCAGGCUGUGAUUUCACCUGAAGUUCUUGACCUGCUGCUUCCUCUGCUCCUCAUGUUUGGUCUUAUCUGACUUCUUUCUCCGUCUCUCCAUCGCCUGGCCACUGCAGUGACUUUUCCAGAGACCUCUGCCUCAUGGCACUUUCCCCUUACAUAAAACCCAGGAAAGAAAGAGAAAAUAAAAGGCUUCCUACGUAUCAUCACACUUCCAAGUAUCCCCUCAACUCCAUCAGUGACAUAACCACCUGACACUUGUGAUUCCAGUGGUGGGAUUCCCAUGUGUCAUGUUAAGCAAGUGGGCUCCCUUCCUGAGGGCUGUGGGUCCCUCACAACAGGGGCCUUUUCAUCUAACAUAGUGCUUGUAAGUACCUGGCAGUAAUUUAGCAGGGUUUUUAAAUAAAAAUAGAAAGGAGUUUCUCCAUAGAUUAUUCAGACACUUCUAGGGAAAGCCUUGGUAAGAGAACUUUAUGGUGCCCCUUUCCCCGUCUGGUCCUGUUCCUCAUGCCCAGUGAGUCACAGCCUGCUCCAUACAUACACAAGCAGGGGAGGUGGUGGCCUUUGGAGACAACUCCACAGGAGAUUAGAAGGUCCCUUCCCUAAUACAGCUCCUGCAGUGGCCAGAAAUCCCACUUACAGAGGGAAUUUCAGCCAUGAAGAUGAACUGCCCUUGUGCCUUGGGACUGCUUGUUAGGAUUUAUGCAAAAUAAGUUGCUGUUGAGCUAGGAUGAGAGUCACACUAGGAUGAGAGUGUGACAGGGCGGUUGGACAUCUGUAAACAUUAAGCAUGCAGAGACCAAACAGUGUCACAGAGGUGGAGUGUUUACAGGGAUAGUUAAGCAUCUCUUGUAAAAGCAAAGGACGGUUUCAGCAGGAUUAUACAGUGUCAUUUGGAAGACCCUCAGUGAUCACAUAGUUCAGUACCCUUACUUUAGAUCUGUGGUGAGCGAUUAUCAAAAGAAUGAUUUGCCACCAGGCGCCGUGGUACAAGCCUGUAGUCCCAGUGAUUCCAGAGGCUGAGGCAGGAGGAUCACUAGAUCCAGGGAGACCCUGUCUCAAAAUAAAAAGGGCUGGGGAUAUAGAUCAGUGGUAGAGCACUCUUGGUUUCAAUCCCUAGUACUGCAAAAAAAGAAAAAGAAAAGUGAUUUGCUUAAAGUCAUGCAGCUUGAAGGGACAAAGCUGGUCCUAGAACUUAGGUCUUUAAAACACGAAGCCAGUGUUCUUGCCCCACCCAAAGCAAGACAUCAGACUCAGGGUUCCUUGAGGGCCCAUUUCUCUCCCCAGCACUGAAGCCUGUAGAUGCGGACUAAAUCCACGUGGCACAGUGUGUCCCUUAAAUGCAGAAGUAAACCCUUUAUGGGCAAAGAUGACAGUUUCUCAGCGAAUGAAGAGCUUUGUCCAACACCAGCACAUUUUUAGCAUCUUCUUGAUCUUGGUUUCACAGGGUUUUGUUAGGAUCAGUGUAGAUACUCAGAUUAUCUUUUCAUAUACUGUAUACAAUGCACAUAUACAACAGAUAUCCAUAGCUUAUAGCUUCUCCUCAUCAUCAUUUAAGAAUAUUUUCACAAAUAGUGGAGUGCUAGAAUUCAAAGGGGUCUGAGAGGUUAUUUAAUCCAACUUGCUGCCCAAUGUAAAAAUCCUCUGUUUGAAUGUUACCAGUGAACUUACUCAUGACCAACUCUGGUCACUAGAAAGUUCUUAUUGGGGAACCAAUACAUGCCUUUCUGUAGUUGAUUUAUGCUUGUUCCCCCUCUAAAGGUACCCAGAACCAGUUCAGCCCCUCCUUUGCAGGUCACCUCCCACCUGUUGGGUGGCAGAUAACAUGGCUUCUCCCACACCUUCUCUUCUCCAGGCAGCUCUACCCAAUUCCCUCACCUUCCCAAAUAUGACAUGAUCUUCACUGUGCUGUCCUGUGGUUCGGUUUUCCAAGGCCCCAAUUCAAGUGAGCACCCAGAGCCGAGCACACUGCUAUAUAUCAUGGGGGAACUGUCCCUGCAGAGCACAAGGGACCUGUGACUGUUCUUCAGGGAGCCCCUGGGAAAGCAGCCUUAGGUGGCAUUAGCUUUACACUGUGCAGUUAUUUUAAGUUUGCCACCAGCUAAAGCUUCUAGUUGUUUUUUGAUUUUGUUUUAUGGAAGCCAGUGUUAACCUAGGUGUUACUCAACUGUGCACUUACAUUGUUGCUUUCUUGAACCUAAAUAUGAUUGCAAGAUAUUAGGUGUACCCCUGGUAGAUGUCAUCUCCUUAGGAAAAACAGGCACCCUACCCCCACCCUGGUCACCAAAGAAGCCAGCAGCAGAGCCAGCAGCAGGGUGGGUGACAUCAGACUUGGAGGCCUGCACUGUGAACCUACGGCCAGAGUUCUGCCCCAAGCCUCCUAUGUUACUCUGCUCACCCGUCUUUCGUGCUUGUGCUGUGCGGAAGGGUCACUGGCCUCCUUGGACUUGU